GCCUCACCCACCGUUCCCAUCCAAACGCCGGUGCCACGUCGUCGCCCCGCGCCUUCCGCCCCACCAACUCACCGGCGAGGUUUAGGACACAGCGCAUCUCGCCGCAGCGGAUGCCGUAUAUAUCCGCGCGCCGAGCUUGAGGGACGCCACACCCCACCCUCCCCUCCCAUCGCGAUUCGCGAAUCACCAAACUACCCCUCGUUGUGAAAGGAAGGAGACGAACGAGGCAGCGGAAAGGGGAGAGGAUUUUUCAGAUUUUCCGGCAGCGACCUACCUAGCCCAGCCCAGCGAGAGAGACCGAGCGACAGCAGCUACCUUCUCCCGACAUGACGCCGCAUCUGCCCGCCGUCUCCUCCUCCUCCACGACGACCACAUCCCGCGCCGCCGCCGCCGCUGCCGCGCCUCCGUCCUCGCCGCAUCAGUACCGGAGGCGGAGGCGGCGCCGGGUGCCGGGCUGCCUCCGCCCGCGCGCCGCGUCCGUCCGCUGCUGCGCCGCGGCGGCGCCCGCGCCGCAGGCAGCGGUGCCCGCGGCCGCGCGGGCCGAGGCAACCACGCGGGUCUUCGUCGUGUCCGACCUGCACACGGACUACCCGGAGAACAUGGAGUGGGUGCGCCGCCUGCCCGCCGAGGUCGGGGCGGGCAAGGGGGAAGGCGUCGACGCGCUCGUCGUCGCGGGCGACGUGGCCGAGACAAGGGACAACUUCGCGCGCACCAUGGAGAUGCUCAGGGAUGGAUUCGCCGCCGUCUUCUACGUGCCGGGGAACCACGACCUCUGGCUGCGCCGCGAGGGCGGCCGCUACAUGGAUUCGCUGGAGAAACUGACUGCAUUGCUUGAUGCGUGUAGUGAGCUGGGUGUGGAUACAGGCCCAAGAACGAUAGGUGACUUGGGAAUCAUACCAUUGUUCUCAUGGUAUCACAAGAGCUUUGACAAGGAGAAGGAUGUUAGCAGUGUGCGUGUUCCGUCGCUAGAAAUGGCUUGUAAAGACUUUCAUGCUUGCCAAUGGCCUUCAGACCUGACAAAUGAUGAUGAGGCUCUUGCUCUUUACUUUGACAAGUUGAAUGACAAGAAUCAUGAUGCUACUGAAGAAGUGAAAAGUAGCAGCAAACAGAUAUUAACAUUUUCACACUUCGUACCAAGGCAAGAGUUGUGUCCAGAGAAACGUAUGCUUUAUUACCCAUACCUUCCUAAGGUAAUUGGAUCUGAUUUUUUGGAAAGGAGGCUGAGAGAUAUACACAGCAACAGAAAAGACGGAGGAGCUUGCCAUGUUUUUGGGCACACUCAUUUCUGUUGGGAUUCCGUGGUUGAUGAGAUCAGGUAUGUGCAAGCCCCUCUGGCAUACCCCCGAGAAAGAAAACGUCGGAUGAACGGCGAAGGUUGGCUGCCAUUUUGUGUAUACCGUGACGGUUUCAACCCAGAAAUAUAUCCGGCAUUGUGGUCAGACUACUACAACAAGAACAAAAGGGAACCCGAGAACACUCAGCUCGCGCCUUGGGUUGCCAGCCAUUUCGCGAGGUACCACAAGUUCCACUGACCCUUUCUAAGUUCCCUGGCUUUUUGCCGAAGUGGAUGCAGUUCGUCUGUUCAGGAUGGUGUUGAAACCUGCAUUUACCUGGGAAAAGGAGAUAUUGACGUUUUACCUGUACACGAUCUUUUUCUUGUUUCCACUCUUACCAUAACUUUUGGGCAAAGUAAGCGCUAGCAUCUGUUUUGUACUAGUAUGUUGCACAGAUCUGAAUAAUGUGCAUAAGAUUCUUCAAAGC